AUGAGAUUCGCUAGGAGUUCCUUUUUCGCCGCGGUCGUUUGCAUGCUGCUGCCUGUGCAUGCAGCACGUGAUGACUGCACCGUGGGGUCUUUGCAUGACAUCUUGGCCACUGCCCAGGAGAUGAUUCUGCUCAUCGCCGCCUUCACAAUCGGCUGGCAUUUGAUAGGACCUUUCUUGGGCGUGGCUUUCCGCCAAAGCCGAGCAGUCACCCUUUGCAAUGCAAUUCGCGGCACCCCUCGUCCUGGGGCUCUCGCAGAGGACCGGCCACGCGACUCUGGUGCAGGUGACUCUCCCUCCGGCCCAGGCCCACAGCAAGCUCAGGCGUUCUCGUUUCCUCCUGGACGCCCGGACGUGGCUGUCGAUCUCUGGAUCUCUGUGGCUGAGAAGACCGAGGCAGAGGGCUUUGGCUCGCUGCCUGAGCCUGCGUUCUAUGCCAAAGCCUUCGAGGCGUGCAUCGAACUCGGCGACUUCGACUCUGCACAUCGCUUGGCUCGCCGAGCAGCUUGGAGCGUGCCUGCAGGACCCUCAGGAUCAUCCAAACUUCUGGCUCUGGCUCGGUGGCUGGCAAGAAGGCAGAAGAUCGAUGAGGCGAUGGAGUGCAUUAAGCAAGUGCGACGGACCGGCAACGCAGUGGACCUGCGGAGCAUGAAGCCUCUCAUCGUUGUUUGCGCGCAGCGUGGGCAAGUGGACCUGGGCCGUGCACUCUUUGAGGAGCUUGCCUGCGACAAGAUAAAGCCUGACUUCGUGACCUACUCCGCGAUGAUUCGGGGCCUGUGCAACGUUGGCAAGGUGGAGGAGGCGCUGGCAUACGUGGAAAAGAUGCGCCGCGACACUAUAUACUUGGAUGCUAUGUUGUUCGAUGUGCUGUUGGAAGCCUGCGUCCAUCAGAAUUACUUUAAGGGAGCGGAGCACCUUCUGGCGCAGAUGAAGGAACUGGGCAUGCAGCCUUCCAGCGCCACGCUUGCGACCUGCAUCCGGCUGUAUUCCUCUCGUGGUGAACUGCAGCGCGCCAUGUCCAUUUUCGAUGAUAUGUCACGAGAAUACCACUUGCAGCCAAAUGCUUAUGUGUACGGAGCUCUUGUAGCUGCUUGUGUUCGUUGCGGAAAGCCCGACUUGGCGAUGUCCACCCACGAACGGAUGGCUGCGGCAGGGUGCAUGCCAAGUGCCCGGACAUACGAGCUUCUGAUCCAGUGUUGCAUUCAGCUUGGCUGGACCGCCAAGGCUGUCGAGCUCUUGGACGCGGCGCUGGGCCUCUGCACGGAGUCCGAGGAUGCAGUGCCAAGGACCCCGGCUUUUGUUGACCCGAAGGUGGUGGAGGACCUUCUCCUCUUGCUCGCACGCCGCAAGCAGGCUUCAAGUCUGGGCGUUCCUCUCUUGAAGCGCCUGGAAGAAGCCGAUUUCGAGCUCCCGGAGCGGGUCGCUGGCAUCGCAGGGGCUGUGGAGCCCACUUGGGAGCCUGAAAGGUCUCCGGCCAGACACAUGCGCUGCCAGCGCCGGCGGGACUUUGACCAAUGGCGCAAUUUUGCCGGGGCGUGA